ACUUCGGCGGCACUCGCACUACUCCUCUUGGUUUCACGUUCCUGCGCGGCGUCAUUGAAAAAACUACCGGGUCAGGCGGAGAACUCAUGUCUGCGGCGGCGGACCUAGCGGCAGGCUCCGGCCGCCGCCACCGUAGGAGGAAGGGCAGGUGCGACGCGUCGAAAUGGGAUUCCGGGCUCGUGUCCGCGUACAACGUUUCGCGCGUUAUGACUGUGGACACAAAUGGCUGUGGGAAUUUCAGCAGUGUACAGGCGGCCAUUGACGCAGUUCCUGAUCCCAAUCCUGACGUCACACUCAUCAUCAUCGAUUCCGGCACCUACAGAUCUACCUGCCAUCAGCCUCCUCUUGUUCCUCUUCAAUUGUCGGAUGCCAUGCUACAGCCCGUCUCUGUAAGUUUUGAGAGCUGCCUUUGAUCCUGACAACCACACAGUGAUUCCAAGAACUAGUGCAGUGCUUUAGCACUCCCUAUAACAACAGAUAAUGUAAUGUGCAGAAUAAAGUAAAAACACAAGACAGAAGAAUUGUUUACGCAGUUCGGAAAACUUUCCUACUCUGCGGGGCCCACAUCCGUGUAACAACUCAUCCACUAAAUCACCGUAAUGAUUACACCUUCAAUACCAACAGACUCGGUCUAUUGUAUUGACUUAAUCAACUUACAAAUGGCUU